AUGCGUUCCAUUCAUAUUGACGCCUUUUUCGAUUAUAUUUUAUCGAAACCAAAUGAAUAUUACGAAGAUCCACAAAAAAAUCCAACCGGUAUCGACCCUACUGAUGGAACUGAUGAUGAUGAUAGUGAUUUAGUAUUAAAAUUAAUAAAAAGAGCAAGUAGUAAACGACAAAAAAGAAAAUAUACUCGUCGUAAUACUGGUAGUAGUAUUGAUGUUGGUGAUAACAUAAAUGAUGAUAAUAUUGACAAUGAUGAUGACUUGGACAUUGACGAUGCAGAUUCUUCCAGGCAAAAUGAUCGUGCUGAAAAGCGCCUCAAAGCUACUUAUUCCGAUGCGAGUGAUGAACUCGAAGAUGACGAUGAGAGAGAUGCUUGGGAAGAUGACGCUGAUAAUAUGCAAGUUGAUAACUCUAAUAAGUCUGGUAAGGCUGAUGACGAUGGUAAAUCGAAAUCUUCUCGUAGGAAAAGUGUUGUACAGUUUACCUCUCGUGAGAAUCGACCGAAACUUGUUAGACCGAAAAAUGGUAUGACUUCUCGUCAUAUUCCAACUCCAAAUCCUUCGCCAACCGAUAUAAGGCAUCAUCCUAAUUCUUCUGGUGGUGAUACAAGUAAUUUUCGUGUAAUAUCUAAUUCUGGUACUUCUGGUAAUACUGCUACUCAAUUACGGUGGCGAAGUAUUUCUGUUGGUGGUGGUCCUAUAUCAUCUCAAUCUGGUGAAAUUUCUCCAUCUCAAUCAAUUCUACCGACUACAUCUUCAACUUCUCCAACUCAUAAAGGUAACUCUACUUCAAGACGGAAACAAAGUCUUGAUGCUUCAGUAAUGGGUUUCGACACUUUUCGAAUUUCAAAAAAACGUGGUCAACAAAAACAGGAAAGACCACAAUCUCCAACAAGUUCUAAUUGGCCAUGGUCUUCACAAAAUAUUCAUGGUGGUCAAGAUAACAGCAAUAAUGGUUUUCCUUAUUCUGAGCUUCUUUUACCGCCAACUACAACAAGUGAUCCUAAAGAAACUAUCAUUUUACUUCAAGAAAAAUUAGUUAAAGCUGUUGGAAUGUUGGAAGAUAAUCAACGUAAGAUUGAUAUGUUGGAAAAUGUUGUUCGCCAAAGAGAAGAUGAGGUUAGGAAAAGAGUCGUUAGAGGUCUUAAAGAAGAAGUUAUUACUUUGUUUCAAAGAUACGAAUAA